AGCUGCCCCAGGAGGUCGUCUUCAUGGCCUGGUCCCCCAAAAGGGACCUCAUCGCCCUGGCCAACAGAGCGGGGGAGACAAAUUCGCUGAUGAUACUCUCAUUGCCUGCGUCUGUGGGAUUUUAAAGUGCAUGGUAUUUGGUGUUUAAAUUACAUCUAUUUUCAGAUAUUUUUUUCCUGGAACUGCCGUAUGUGAUCACGCAUGAAGACAGACUGCUGUGCUUUCAGGCUGUCUGUGCUGGAGAGGCGUUUUACUUCAUCGGCUUGCAAACUUCCAACGAGUGUGGAGCUUGCCUCCAAAUGAAAAUACAGGAAAAGAAGUGACUGCUCUUGCUUGGAGACCAGAUGGCAAAAUUUUGGCUUUUGGCCUUACUGAUACCAAGCGGAUUAUUCUGUGUGAUGUAGAAAAACCUGAAAGCUUGCACUCCUUCUCUGUGGACUCGUCUAUUACAUACAUGCAUUGGAUGGAAGUAACUGAGGAAAGCAGUGUUCUCACUUCCUUUUACAAUGCUGAGGAUGAAUCAAAUCUCCUUUUGCCUAAAUUACCGGCGCUACCAAAAAAUUACAGUACCACUGCAAAAAUUUUCAGUGAAGAAAAGUCAGAUGAGAUUAUGAAGCUUCUGGGUGAUGUAAGGCUUAAUGCUCUUGUCCUUGGUGGAAGUUCAGGAUUUAUUGAGAUUUAUGCCUAUGGAAUGUUCAAGAUUGCUACAGUAACUGGGGUGGCAGGUUCUUGUCGUGGACUAUGUUUGUCUAGUGAUUUGAAAUCACUAUCGGUUAUUACAGAGAUACGAGACUCUUCAGACAGCGAAGCAGAGAUAACAUAUUUUCAGCUGGACACUAGUCUGUUAUCCAGUUACUUGCCUGAGGUAACUCGAAUGGCCCGGAAGUUUACUCACAUUUCAACUCUGUUACAGUAUAUAAAGUUGUCAUUGACGUGCAUGUGUGAAGCAUGGGAAGAAAUAUUGAUGCAGAUGGACUCAAGACUAACAAAGUUUGUACAGGAAAAGAAUACAACCACUUCUGUUCAGGAUGAGUUUAUGCAGCUGUUGUUAUGGGGCAAAGCAAGUCUGGAACUUCAGGCGUUACUAAUGAACCAACUGACAGUAAAGGGUUUAAAAAAACUUGGUCAAUCCAUAGAGUCUUCCUAUUCCAGUAUACAAAAGUUGGUCAUAAGUCAUUUGCAGAGUGGCUCUGAGGCACUGUUAUACCACUUGAGUGAAUUGAAAGGAAUGGCUUUAUGGAAACAAAAAUAUGAGUCUCUGGGAUUAGAUGCAUCCGGAAUUGAAGAGGCUAUUACUGCUGUUGGUUCUUUCAUCCUGAAAGCAAAUGAGCUGCUUCAAGUUAUCGACAGUAGUAUGAAAAACUUCAAAGCAUUUUUUCGAUGGCUGUAUGUUGCCAUGUUGAGGAUGUCAGAAGAUCAUGUGCUUCCAGAACUGAACAAGGUAAUGACUCAAAAAGAUAUCACGUUUGUUGCUGAUUUUCUUACUGAACACUUCAAUGAGGCACCAGAACUUUACAAUCGUAAAGGAAAAUACUUCAAUGUGGAGAGAGUUGGCCAGUACUUGAAAGAUGAAGAUGAUGACCUUGUAUCACCACCUAAUACAGAGGGAAACCAGUGGUUUAACUUUCUUAAAAAUAGUACUCAUCUUAAAGAAAGUCCACUUCUGUUUCCCUACUAUCCUGAGAAAUCACUGCAUUUUGUCAAAAGGCAAAUGGAGGGGGUCAUUGAUCAGUGUUUACAAAAGCCAGCGGAUGUAAUUGGAAAGUCAGUGCAUCAAGCAGUCUCCAUGUCUCUCUACAAAACUUCUCAAAGUGAAGAUUCCACACCUCAAUUAUUUAAACUACCAUUUCUGUGGAAUGACAAAACAUCCAAUAUACAUUACGUUCUCUUCACCAUAUUAGAAAAUUCUAUUUCUAAAAUAUACAUUUUGAGGAGACAUACUGAUACUUCCAGGUCUGUCAGUAAUGGAAUUCUUGCAGUAGAGUUUGGAAACUUCUUGAACAGCAGUAUAAAUGAGAGCUCAGACUCCGGAUGCUACAGUUGUUUAGAUGCACACUUCUAUGAUGAUGAAACUGUAACUGUAGUUCUGAAGGAGAGUGUGGAACAAGAGGGGAAGGAGAGAGUCUUGGCUCAGCUGCCUUUAUCUUCAGUAUACACAGAUGAGGACCAAGAUAAGGAAUUAAUCUGGGAUUCUACUAAAAGGCUGGAUGAGCAAAGUGGUGAAAUAUCCACACGUACUGUUUUCUUGGAGAAUCAGUGGAGAGUGCUGGAGAAUAUGAAAGCUCAGUAUGUUUCUGUAAAUGGCAUUAGAAAAGUUUCCUGUGUGCUAAGUUCAAAUCUCCGUCAUGUGAGGGUGUUUGAGAUGGAUGUAGAGGAUGAUGGGGAAGUUGAGGAAGAAGAGGAAGAAGAAACAACUCAGAUUGCAGCUGGGGAACCUGAUGAGCUAAAUCAGUCUGCAAAUAACCAGGACAAUGUGUGUGGUGCAUCUGCUGAAGAACUACCUGAUGAAACUGAAGAACACGAAUCAAGUCUGGAUCCUUGACAUAGGCUUUUAUACUGGUAAAGGGACAAGACUGUAAUCUAACUUCAGGCUGCUGAGAUGGUGUAUCCUGUACCUACUCAAGCAGCUCUAAUAGGAUGUUGUGUGUCAGAAUUCUGUAUUGCUUGUCAGCUAAGACUGUGUUCUAGAGUGUGUUUAUUUGACCCUUUUUUGUCUGGCACAUGGUUUGGUAUGAACUAAAUUUCCUUGAGAGCUUUUCCAUUUGCAGUGUUUUUAUAGGUGAGGAGAAAAAGAAAUACCAACUGAUGUUUUUGUAGUUAACCUGUUCAGUCCUGAAUACUGUUAUUAAGAUAAAAUGAACUUGUGUGUGAAAACAACAAAACUCGGGACUGAAUUCUUUUCUUCUCAGACUUCGUGUUCUAGUAGUGGGUACAGAAGCUUCCUGCAGAGCAAAAAUCUAAGAGUGUAUGGCUGACAACAAGCUUCCAGAUCAGCAUAAGACUAGUUAGACAACAAAAUUUAGCAAUUGUUACUUAAAUACAUACUUUUAAAAACUUUUGAUAACAUCUGUCCUCAGUAACACAGUAUUUCAAUCCGUGCAGUUCUUUAGUCCUUGGUGCAACAUUUGUGUGUAUGUGUGUAUGUUUUGUCAAAUGUUUGCGUGUCUCAGCCUGCCUAGUUUCUGAGAGAUUGUUCCUGAAAGUCUGUCUUUUCCAUCUGGUAUUUUUGUAAUGAAAAGUUAUAACAGAGAGUAUAUUUUUUUAUUCUGAUGUGGCAUUGUAUGUUGUGCAUAGGCUUCAGCAAUUUAUAUAUUGCUGUAGGAAUGACAUAAUGCUAAGCAGUAGAAGCUAGAAACAGUGUUUAGGAAUCUAAAAUAUUUUCUUCUUCCCUACUAGCUGUCAGAGUCUUAACUGACUUAAAACUCAGCUCUUUGAAUGAGCAAUGCUGCUAAACGCAUGAUCUUUCUUCAGAACAGUGAGUGUACCUUGUAUUUGUGAAGAGGACCAGGUCUCAUGCAUGUGAUCCAUUCUGUACUUCAAAAAUAAAUAAAUCUUCUGAAAUUGCUAUUUGGCAUUGCAAAAAUCAAAUAGUAGACUUACCCUCUUUUUCUUGUUUUGAAAUACGCCAUUUUUAAGUAACUUUUUUAAAGUGGACUUUUGAAGUGUUUGGACUGUUUGGGGGAGACCCUUGUAAACAAAGCUGUUCAGUUUUAAGAGAGACUUCUUAUUUUUUCCCUUCCUUGCCAACCUCCUUGAAAGCUGCUUGCUGUUUAGUGUUCUUGUCUAACAGAUGCUAAUGGUUGAAGGCACAAUGGAGCUGUAGGACAGGAGGGGCAGAAAGGCCCAUUCAAAAAUGCUGUGGAUUUUCUGUGUAGAGCAGUUACUCUUGAUGAGAAAUUGCUGCUACAACAGAACCUACUCAGCUUAAGCCUGGCCUCGUGUUCUUCAGGGAAACUUUUGCUUCUGAUCUAACUUUAAGAAUUGUCACACUAGAGUGCUUGGAAACAAUUGUUUUGCUCUGCUUUUUGCCAAGUAGUUUUAGUCCAUGAGCAUAUGGAAAUAUGAUCUGUCCUGCCCAUAAUUGUUUCUAAAUUUGUGUUAAUAGCAGGUGUGUCCUGUGCCACAGGGGCAUGCCCUUCAGAAAUCUCCUUGAUGUUAUUCUGUGCAUCAUUCUAGUCCAGUCUUGGAUAUACUUGAGUCAAUGGGAGCUUUGUUUCUGGCUUGGAUAAGUACAUGUGCACUUUCUACAGUUCACAGUGACAUGAUAUGAAUGCGCCAGUUUAGGUCAGUGCUUCUGAAUGCAUUGCUGAUUCCUUCUGUGAAACUUAUUUUUAUUUUGUUACCAGAUUUCUGUAAUAAUAAAUGUGUCAGGAAUGUGCUUACACAUCUGUUUUCAAAAGAGUGAUAGGAAAUACGUGAUCUAGAAGUUUUUCAGGAUUUUGGUGGUGUCGACACAGUGAUCUCACUUGACACUUUGAUCUCUUCUUCAUCAUCCUUUUUUUAUGCUAACUGAAAGCUCAUUCAAUCUUUUUCUGCAGGGAGUUCUCAUUCUUUCUUGAUAGUGUUGUGGUCAGAAGAACUUGUAUAUUCUUAGUGUGCACACAAUCCACUCUUUGUAAUACUAAUCUUCAGGUCUCUUAAGAGUCAUCUAUUGCUGCCUCUUUUUUAACAUCUACCUGUUUUGUAUGUGGCAUUUCUGUUCUUUUUAAAGAUAUUGGGCAACUUUUAUUUUCUGCUCUUCACCUUGUGUAGUCGCUUUUCCAGACCUUUUGUCCAUGUAUUUUCUGCCUGAUCUGCGUGACUUCAAAACUUGCCACAUUGCCAAGUUUCUGUUUCAAUCUCUCACCAGUUGGUGCUGGUUUGCUUCACAGCCUGGGCAUGCUGUGGUACCAUUGCCUCCCACUUACAUGGAUUUCAUUGCACACUCGCACCUGCCUUCAUAAAUGACCACUUCAGCUGCUCAGAAAGACAGGAGAUGUGGAUGGAGACAAAUAGUGAACAAAAGCUUGCUUUAGUUAACUGUUUCUUUUUGCAGAGCGGAGGAGGGAUGCAUAUUUUUGUAACAAUACUUACAGUUGGUCCUAAUGCUGCUUUGCUUUGAAAAACCUACUUAAAAAAGCUUUAAGCCCAUACGUAAACCUUGACAGAAUGGGAAAGCCAUCUACGUAAGUACUUAAGUUCUUCAGUAAGUUUCUGUGGCCUAUGUUUAAUACCUGUAGUCAGAGUUGGCUCCUGUGUCUUGUUACACAUUGCAGUAAUAUCUGAGAAUAUCUCUCUUGCUACCUUGAACUAGCCGUUGCUCUUGGAAUUGUGACUCUCAUCUAAUUUCUUGCUUCACAAGCUGGUUUAGGGGAAGAGCUGGCUUAGCUUGUGCCGUGGAGCAAUGGUAGCAGUCUAAGAAGGACAUUUUGGAGAGGGGAAGGAAGACUUCACCAUGGAUCAUUUCAUAAUUAGCAGUAAGAAGAAUGCAUUGAAUGAGGAGAGGGUAUGAAAGGAAUUGUCACGGGGUGAGUUUCAAGGAGGGAGAUGCAAAAUAACAUAAGGAUCUCUAUGGAGAAUGCCGCUGUGGAGGAAUUCUAAGGAAAAAAAACACCUCUGGAAGUGGAAGAGAAGAAAUGCCACUUGUGGGUGAAUAAAAUGCAUUUAACUAUACCUUUAGGUUAAGUAAUAGAGUUGCUAGCAAAUCAUUCUGGAGACCAUUGGUGCCAGCAAAGUCCAGUGUUGAAGUAAGUUAUAAUGGGUUAUAAAUGUAGUGUGGGUGUUCCAGCAUUCUUCCCCCAGGGGGUAUUAUAUGGCUACUGCUCACAGCUGGCAGUUUUACAGCUCUGCUUGCAGCUCUCUGCAAAUUAUGUAAUCAUGCCUGCUGCUGUGGAUCAGAAGACCUUGGGUGGUUUUAUGCAGUUCUCACACUUAACCUAGAGGAUAAAGUAAGGAAUCCUGUCAUGUUUAGUUCUUGCAGUUCUCACCAGGAGCUCUACCUCCUAGAGUGAGCCUAUUCUUACUAGGAGAAAAAAGAACCACUUAGGGCCUAGUAUAGGAAAUAAGGAGACUCUAUGUUCAAAUCCAUACUCCUAUUGUCAUACAAAAGGAAUUCAGUCCCAUGUCAGUAGAGCUGUUGAAUGUUGAAUUUGGUGUUGGAGUUCUCUUACUAAGUCACUGAAUCUGUUCUGCUUUGAACAAACCAAUUAUUUGUUUGCUUGGCUGAAAAAUGUUUGAUUCUAUGGUCUGGAGAUUAGGGUAUGUUCUAGCCAGCUGAGAAAGUGAGGUUCAUGGCUUUCUUCCAAAGUGACCAGAAAGUAGGAUUUGAAGAAAACCCUCUUUUUCUCAGCCUUGUGAUUCUUUCACAGAUUUAGAGGUGCAAUCAUUUUUCCCUGUACAUUUUUUUUUCUUAAAUUAGUUAUUAACAUAAAGUCUUCAGAGAUUGACUUUGCUUCUUGUAAUUCUCAAGAGAAUUCAUAUAUAAAUUCUGUAAUGAAGAUGAAGACUUGCCCUCAGGUGCACUGAAAAUCAUUCUCUUAAACAGCCACUACAGAUAAGACCCACAGGGGCAAAGGUAAGGAGUUUGUUCAUCUGGUCACGUAUUUACUGUAGACUGUUGAGGUAACCUGCGGUUUCCUGAGGAUAGCACAAAGACCAGUGCUUUCAAAUGUUGCAAUAAUCGGAAGAAAAUAAACUUUAUCUUGCCAUGUGUUGAA